GUCCCUCGGACACAGCGGAUCACUGAUCACGGAAAGAGCCGAAUAUGUCGGCUCGGUCAUGUGAUCAGCUGUGUCCAAUCACAGCUGAUCACUGAUCAUCAGGGCACUGAUGAUCAGUGUAGCCCCAGCAGUGCUACCUGUCAGUAUCCAUCAGUGCCUCGUGCCAGUGCCCAUCAGUGCCACAUAUUAGUGCACAUCAAUGCCACAUAUCAGUGCCCAUCUGAGCUGCCUUUCAGUGUCACCCAUCAGUGCCACCAAUCAGUGCGCAUCAGUGCCGCCUAACAGUGUCAUCUAACAGUACCAGUCAGUGCCGCCUAACAGUGUCAUCUAACAGUACCAGUCAGUGCCGCCUAUCAGUGCCAUGCAUCAGUG